CUCUCGUAAUCCUUUCCUUUCCUUUCUUUUCUUUCCUAUGUUUUCAAAACCCCCUGAAAACCCUAGAGAGUGAAAGAGGAAGAGAGAGAAACAUACACAACAUUUUCAUUCACGGUUCAUAUCAAUGGCCUCCAGAUGUCUCACCGUCGCAAAGCUUUUCCGAUCUAAACGGUCGUUCACGGUGGCCGCCUCUCCUUUCGCCGGCCACCAUCACUCUUUCAGCUCCUCCGGCCAUCGCUCCCGAGGAAGUGGCAAUGACUCCUCUACGGAUGACAGUGAUAGCUCCGAUGAAACAUCCGUUUCUGAAUCAAGGUUUUUGUACGAUGUGCAAUGUAAUAGAAUACCAGCGAGAGGCAAUAGUAAGGAUUGACAUGCCCGGAAUCGGGAAAGAAGGGCUGGAUGUUAACGUCAAAAAAAAUUCAAUCCACAUCGAAGGGAAGACAAAGAAAGAAGAUGAAGAUGAGAACGAUAUGGCAGUGAGGGCAUACUCUGGGGUGAUUGAUCUUCCUCGGGGUAUUUACAAACUCGACGAAAUCAAGGCCACCAUUAAGAUGGGUAUUCUGAAAAUGGUGAUCCCGAAGAUGAACUUCUCAACUCUCUCUGCACCGAUCGAGUUUUGUGGCGUGCCGGCCCCCUACUCCACCACCACAAAUAUGAAACGUGUGAAGGAUGUAUUCAAUAUUUAAGGUAGAUCUUAAUUGCUUGAUCGAUUUACACUCUAGCUAGCUGGUACUGUUAAAAAUUUCAGGAGUAUGAUGUUACUUGAUGUGUGUUUUCUUUGCUGCCAUAUAUGCAUAUAUGAACUAAGAACAAACAGUUAGAAAUUUUUGUGUUUGCUGCUAAUGGCAUGAUUGUCAAUUGAAGCUAUCUUAUUAGAAAUAUCAAAUGUUUUAAAUGUAGAUGUUUAUUCAAGGAGAAAGGGGUAUGGUUUUGCAUUUAUAUGUUUGAUGGAUUUCUGAUAUAUGUGUGUGUGUGUGUGUGUGUCUCAAUUAGUUUGGUAUGAAAUGGGGCCUCUGGCUGUGCUGUUGCCCUGUGUUCAUUUGUCUAAUGGUGGCAGUUAGUUUGGAAUUAAUUUGCUUUAAUUGUAUAUGUUUUGUCAAGUAGCUACAGUAUAGUAAUGGGUGAUUUGUGUUGGUGCUUGCUUCAAAUUUUGUUGUAGCUUUGAAUUAGUCAAAGGUGUUUAUUAAAUAAGAUUUAGACUCUUUGAUUAUUGGAUGUGCAAAUUUGAAUGAAGAAGAGUCAUAUUUUCUUACCUAUGCAAAAGCAGCUCCAUAUAUGAGAA